AUGUACUUCAGUAUUUUUUUACACAUUUGCCUCCUCUUUCUGUACUUCCAGGUUCUAAUUGACUGGAUUAAUGAUGUGCUGGUGGAGGAGAGAAUCAUUGUCAAACAGCUUGAAGAGGACCUUUAUGAUGGGCAGGUGCUGCAGAAGCUGCUAGAAAAAUUGGCUGACUGUAAACUGAAUGUAGCAGAAGUGACACAAUCUGAAAUUGGUCAGAAACAAAAGUUGCAGACUGUUCUGGAAGCUGUCCACGAUUUACUUCGACCCCACAGCUGGACAAUCAAGUGGAACGUUGACUCAAUCCAUGGCAAGAAUCUGAUUUCCAUUCUUCACCUUCUGGUAGCUUUGGCAAUGCAUUUCCGCGCUCCCACUCGACUGCCUGAACAUGUGUCUGUACAAGUGGUAGUUGUACGGAAACGCGAAGGCCUUCUUCAGACAACUCAUGUUACAGAGGAGCUGACGACUACGACAGAGAUAAUGAUGGGAAGAUUUGGUAAGUAACAAAGUUGACUGAUUUUAUUUAUUUAUGUCGGGCAG